AUGGACCAAGACAAUUCGAAUAUUCCACCACUACAAACAGUGGUUCACCCUGUACAACAACAACAACAAGACACCCGGCAAUACUCCACCAUAGCAUGUUUAUUAUGCAGAAAGGCUCAUCGCAAAUGUGAUCGGCUCUAUCCUGUCUGCAGCGAAUGCAAUUGCAGAGGUCUGGCAGACAAAUGUUCUUAUCAACAACCAAAGAAGCGAGGACCAAAGAAUGCUACGUCCUCGGGGUCAUCUCCUCCUCCUUUGGAUGGCCAACAUCAACAAGCAGUUAGUGGUAUGGGUGUUAUGUCGACCAAUUUAAACAUGGGCUCUCAACCACAUGCAUCUUCCACACAAAGAUGCUCUCCAAAUCGAUCUUCUACCGUACAUCAGUCAUCAAAUGGAACAUCUGCAUUUGCUACUUCAUCAUCACGAAAAUCUUCCCCAUCCCAAACCUAUCCACAAGCAAAUACAUUACCAGCACUAAAUACUCUAGAACAUUCUCCAUCGUAUUACCAACAGUCACCAAUAUAUAACAACAACCAACCACAACCUUCAUACUUCAAUCACAUGCAAUCCAACAACUCUUACCAGUAUCAACAACAAGAUAUAUCGGGAAGGCAAAAUGGGCAAAUACCAUCUUACACAGAACAAUCAAAAUUAGGUCAACACAGAUAUCACCCAUACGUAACAUCCACAAUUGCAAAUACCACUCGUACAAAUAAGGAGAAAGAGGUUUCUCCUCGCGAAAUUUCGAUUGCUUUAUCUCAACUGAAAUCUUUAACAAGUGUGGAAAGUUUCGAUAUUGGUGCUCACUACCCUUAUGUCCUAGAUUUAUACUUUCAUAGAUUUAUUUUGGCAUAUCCUCUUAUCAAGAGAGAAGAUGUUGAAGAAGUGGUUGUUAGAAGAUUAUUAAGGAAAAAUUAUGCUUCAAAAGUUGAAGACAAGGAUGACUAUUUUUUGUGCUCGUUCUACGCUAUUUGUAUGGCUUUAUUUCAAAGGCUUGGCAAGAGAGAAAUUGCUCAUCAUUUCUAUCUGCAGGCAAAUAGAGCUGUUUCUUCUCUAAUGCUUUAUGAGGAGGAUGAUACAAACGAGAAUGCAAAUAGAGUUGGUCUGAAUUUCGAAUUAUGUUUAAAUAUUGCAUUAAUUUGCAUUUAUCUGAUAGGAAACGGAGAUCUUAAAAAGGCAUCUAUUUAUUAUAAUAUUGGAAUGGGUUUCAUACAACAAGUGAAUUUAUUUGGAGAAAUGCAACGAGGUUUCCUUAUUGCGUACUAUGGUCUUUGCGAGCUAAUGCUCUUCAGUGGAGUGAAGGAUCAGAUUAAAUGCUUUGCCAUAAUAGUGAACAAGCACUUGAAAGGAAUGUUAAAUUUUAUUCAGAGUGCUCAAUUUCAAACCUUGGAGUCAUGCUUGCAUGUUCUUCAUAUCCUGCAAGAAAAUCAACAAAAUUUGAUGCAGCCCAAAAAUUUUGACGUUCCCGAAGAAUAUUCACACACAUUAGAAGGAAGAUUUGACCUGAUUACCUCUCACUUUAAUUACAUAAGGCAGGAUUAG